UGGGAGGGAGUCGAGGACGUGGCUCGCGUAGGUGAGGUUUCCCGAAAGAGCGGAGAAGGUGAAGAGCUUUAUGAGCUCGUGGGUGGUGUUUUCCGGCGAUCCGGACCCGGAUUUCAGAAUCCGGGCGUGGAGCUGCAUCGCUUGGCUCAUGGUAGUGAUUUCCAUGAGAGAGAGAGAGAGAGAGAGAAUGGAGUUUGGACAGAUGGGCAAUGAGAGGAUGACACAAAAUCACGUGAAGCGGACAUGAACACCCUAGGGGCGGACGACGUCGUUUCUCGUUAAUAAUGAUCUAGCUCGUAACUCUCUUAUUGCGGUCAGUUUCGCUCGACAUGUCUCGAAACAGAUCUGUCCCCAGAGAAACUGUCCCCAGAGAAAUUAAUUCAACAAUUUAAAAACCCACGUCUCAAUUUCUUCUGCUCAGCAAUUUCAACCCACCGUCUCGGAGUUUCAAGCUUAGUUUCUAUUUCAGAAGAACUUUCUACGGCUUCAAUCUUUUUAAGAGACAGAUUUUGAUUCUAAGCUGUAGAAAUUUCGGAUUUCGGAUAGCUAGUUCCGAGCCGAAAGCUAUGGUGAAGGAAACUGAAUAUUAUGAUAUAUUGGGAGUGAGUGUGGAUGCGUCCUCAGCAGAUAUCAAGAAGGCCUACUACCUCAAGGCAAGGAUAGUACAUCCAGAUAAAAAUCCUGGAGAUCCAACUGCUGCCCAUAAUUUCCAGGUACUUGGGGAGGCUUAUCAGGUUCUAAGUGACCCUGAAAGGAGGGAGGCAUAUAACAAGAAUGGAAAGGCAGGAAUUGCUCAAGAUGCCAUGAUGGAUCCAUCAGCUGUGUUUGGUAUGCUUUUUGGGAGUGAGUUCUUUGAAGACUAUGUUGGGCAACUUGCACUGGCUUCUUUGGCUUCUGUUGACUUUGAGGAAGACCCCCAGGAUAUUGAAGUUCGGAAAAAAGUUCAGGAGAAGAUGAGGGCAUUACAAAAGGAAAGGGAGGAAAAGCUCAUAGUAACUCUGAAAGAUCGCCUUCAACCAUUCAUCGAGGGUCGAACAGAUGAGUUUGUGGAAUGGGCGAACUCGGAAGCCAGCCAUCUCUCACAAGCUGCUUUUGGUGAGGCUAUGCUUCAUACUAUUGGUUAUAUUUACACAAGGCAAGCUGCAAGGGAACUUGGAAGAGACAGGCGGUACAUGAAAGUACCAUUUUUAGCUGAAUGGGUACGAGACAAAGGGCACCAGAUAAAAUCGCAAGUGAUGGCAGCUUCAGGUGCUGUGUCUUUAAUUCAAAUACAGGAGGAGAUUAAGAGGUUGAACCAAGGGGAAAACAAGGAAGAACACAUACUGAAAGCCGUUGAAGCUAAGAAAGAUGCAAUGCUUAAUUCCCUGUGGCAGAUAAAUGUAGUUGAUAUUGAGUCAACUUUGUCCCAUGUCUGCCAAGCGGUUCUUAGAGACCCUAGUGUUUCAAAGGACAUUCUCAAGCUACGGGGCAAAGCCAUGAAAAAACUCGGAACAAUCUUCCAGGGUGCCAAGUCUGCUUACAGUAGAGAAAACAGCUUGCGCCAUGAAAAUGAGAAACUGGAAGGUUGUGCUUCGUCUUCAUAGUCAUGUUGAUGCUGACCGGGUAAAUGUAUUGUUCUUUCAUGUACCUUGUGUGAGGAUAGUUUGUUUGUUGUGGGUGUGGUCUCUACUGCUGCAUAUUUGUAUCUUAAACUUUGGAAAAUGUGUUGAAUAUUGCUUACAGUCGAUCGAGUUCAAUCCCUUGUUUUA